AUGACUGAACUAGCUAUGACGACUACUUCGGCCCAACCGGCCGCUGCAUCUGCGAUUCCCAAGGCCAGCCCGCCCAACGAGGCACAGGGAUCAAACGCCAAAGAUCAAGAUCAGGCACAAACGACCCCAGAAAAGAAAAUCCAGAUUCCCAAGCCAAAGUAUCGCCUCCAUUCCGAGGUUCUCCGUCACCCAGAAUCUGCCUCAUUCUCUAUCUACAUCCCAGAUGUGGCCUCGACUCUCGACACAGCUCUGAGCAAUAUCGUCAAAUACCUCUACACGUCUCCGGGGGACGGGUCCCCAGAGGAAGCAACAAGUGCACCGAAAUGCGAGCGGCCUCACUUUAUCCCCUUCAUUCCGCCAACACGAUCAGUGACGUUAUUCCUCCGCGACUUCGGCGGCGUAGCCUAUACGACAGGCACAGAGUUGGACGACGACCACAAAGAAAUCCACCUCUCUCUGCCAUACAUCACGCACUGCAAGAACUCUGCCGCGAAGGCUGAUCCAGUGCAUGAGCUGACAGGCGUACUCACUCAUGAGCUGGUCCACUGCUACCAGCACACCUCGCCCCCGGACUCUGCAAAGGGCGGGAAGGAUAUUCCUAGUCCGCCAGGAGGUGUGAUUGAAGGCAUUGCGGACUUUGUCCGUCUCAAGGCUGGCUUGUCGCCGCCGCACUGGACACGGCCUACGUCUUCUUCGCAGCGGGAGAAGAAAUGGGACGCUGGAUAUCAGCAUACGGCGUACUUUUUGGCGUGGAUUGAAGAUGUCUGGGCUGGCGAGGGUGCGAUUGGUAUGCUGAAUGAUCGACUCUAUAGGGUUGGUUAUCUAGGGGAGGAUGAGAAGGAUUGUCAUGAAGGGGGCUUCUGGAAGAGUCUCUUUGGAGCUGGGGUCUCGGAGUUGUGGGACGAGUAUGGCCAGUGGCUUGAUGACAGUGAGAAGCCAAGUGAGAAGACCAAAGGAAACUGGGAGGAAGAGAUUGUCAACCCAUUAUAG